AUGAAGCCUUUCGGAAACCUGGUGCAGAAACUGCUGCAAAUGUCGUAUGUUAAAAGCCACAGGAAAGACAUCAACAAAUGGGAGCUUGGAUCAGUUGUCUUCCUGUUACUUAUGAUCCUUUGCUUGCUGAACUUUGCAGUUGUCCAGAUGGUGUGCAAAUUAACAGAGCAUCCCUCAGGCAAAAAUAAAUCUUGGAAAGAUCAGCAUACCACAACUUGUGACGAUCCUUGCAGGUUUGUUCUUGCAGAGACUGUCCCUGAUGGGUUAGUCUAUGCCGAAAAUGCUACAGGAUAUCAAUCAAUAUACAACUCCUGGAUGAACCUAAUUAAUAUGGCAAACAGCAAUCUGGACAUUGCCUCAUUCUAUUGGACUCUUACUGGAAGUGAUAUAAACGUGACUGACCCUACCUCUAAAUAUGGUGAAAUCAUACUUGAUGAACUGGGGAAAUUGCCAUCAAAGAGAGUCAAUGUGCGUGUUGCAUCGAGUAUGUUGAAAUUCCCACAUCAAUUUUCCACCGACCUUAAAAUCCUGAAAGAGAAAGGAAUUCAAAUCAGGGAAGUGAAUUUUGAAAAAAUAAUGCAUGGCGUUCUUCAUUCAAAACUCUGGAUUGUUGAUAACAAACAUAUAUAUAUUGGGAGUGCUAAUAUGGAUUGGAGAGCACUAACUCAGGUGAAGGAGUUGGGUGCUGUGAUUUACAACUGCAGUUGCCUCGCCAAUGAUUUUGCCAAAAUAUUUGAAGCUUAUUGGAGUCUUGGACUGCCAAAUGCCACCAUUCCCACACCAUGGCCACCUUCUUAUUCCACAAAGAUUAAUAAAGAAACACCUCUUUCUGUAAAACUGAAUGGAACUGCUGCAAAGGUGUAUUUUUCAAGUUCUCCUCCAAGGAUAUGUCCAAAAGGCCGGACUACUGAUCUUGAUGCUAUUCUCAGUGGCAUUAAUGCUGCAAAGCAGUUUCUAUAUGUUUCUGUCAUGGAAUAUUUUCCAACAUCACGUUUUCUACGACAUGUAUUAUACUGGCCACUUAUUGAUGACUCACUGAGGAAAGCAGCUAUUGAACGUUGUGUUCACAUCCAAUUGUUGGUUGCUUACUGGAAGCAUUCAGAUAAAUCCAUGCUGGCUUACCUCCAGUCAUUACAGGCUCUGAGAAACAUCAAGAAAGUCCAUUUUGAAGUGAAACUCUUCAUUGUUCCUGUGGGGAAGUUUAGCAACAUUCCUUAUGCAAGAGUGAGUCAUGCCAAAUACUUUGUAACAGAAAAUAUUGCAUAUAUAGGUACUUCAAACUGGUCUUAUGACUACUUCAAUUCUACAACUGGAGUGGGUCUGCUGAUAAAUCAGACUUCAGGAGAUAAAGAAGGGGCUGAUAAUACAGUUCACCAUCAGUUAAAAAGUCUGUUUCAAAGAGACUGGAAUUCCAACUAUUCCAUCACCUUGGAUGAUUUGAAAGAUGAUCCUGAUUUUUCUGUAAAAUUAAUGGAUUAA